GUAGGUGGGGCUUGCGGUGGGCACAACCCAGGGGGGCCCAGGAAAUGUUAUCGUAUGGGUAUGUACGUGUGUCUACAUCUCUAACCUCUGCCUUUUCAACUUGUUUCAAUGGCAGAUUGUUGAGGACAUAUGGCAUCUUCUUUCCAAAUACGUGGAAAAGAUGAUUCGAGAGAGAAUUCAGCCUGACAUACGCGCCAAAAGCAAUUAUCUUGCCUCGUUCCGUUUCAUCAACAUCGAUUUUGGCAAGAAGCCCCCACAGAUAAAGUCUUGGAAAACUCAUGCGGAUCCAGAAAAAAAGCAAAUAAUGUUGGAUCUCGAUAUCAGUUAUAAUGCCGACAUAAAGGUGGAUGCUGGUUUUACGGAAAAAACCCCCAUAGCCGGCAUCAAAUCUAUAAAGCUGGAGGGAAUCUUGCGGGUAAUUUUGGCACCGCUGAUGGAGGACUCACCCAUAUUUGGAGCACUGACCGUUUAUUUCCCUCAUCGUCCGGUAUUGGAACUACAAUGGACCGGAUUUGCCCACCUACUGAAUAUUCCUGGACUUCAAACGCUGUCGGAAAGAGAGCUUGUGAACCAAAUCGGACAGAUCAUCGUUGCGCCGCAGCAUUUCAGCCAUCCCCUUGCAGCCAGAUUUGAUUUGGCUAAGCUGCAGUUUUUAGAACCCUGGAAUGCGCUUCGUAUCCGAGUCAUAGAAGCCAAAAACCUUGUUGCCAAGGAAAUUUUAACCAAAUCGUCGAACCCUUAUGUUGUGAUAUGCGGAGGAGGAACAACAGCAAAGACAAGGGUGAUACACAAGAACUUGAAUCCAAAGUGGAAUGAGACCUUUGAGAUAUUAUAUUCUGACCUCCCAGACCAGGAGAUAGAAUUUAAUCUCAUGUCUGACAAAGGCGUUAAGAUAAACCAGCAAUUGGGCAGUUGCAGAAUUAGAAUUAAAGAGGUGCCAGAGAGAGGAUUCAUAGACAAGUGGAUAGAUUUGGAGAACGUAAAGUCUGGCCAGCUUCAUAUCAAGGUGACACGUCUCAGGCUACUUUCAGACCCAACCCAACUGGAAGAGGUAAAGUCUCUGUUCCUUUACGCUGGCUGCCGUGGAAAUACGUUGGAAUGUUUUGUUGGUGCAUCAAAUUUUUUUUUGGUUUUCCAGGUGCUGAAAGUAAACGAACAAUCUCGGCCAAAAAGAGAUAAUGAGAUUGCUUCAGCCGUUCUGUACACCUAUAUUGAAAAAGGAAGGGGUCUGCCUGUUCUACAAAUGAAGAAGGACAAUCUGAAAGCGUUAGCUGUCGUGCAGGUUGGCGUUGAAGACAAUGUAAAGAAGUUUGGAAGCAGAAUAAAUAACGGAGAAGCAGAGUGGAAAAAGAGGUUCCAGUUCUUGAUAAGGAACCCACUUAAUGAGGAACUGAAGCUUAAGGUUCACAAUGAACACAAUAAGCCCAUCGGAAGUAUUACCGUGCGCCUAUCUCGCCUUCUGGCUGCUUCGGAAAUGACCUUGCAGGACUGGCUGCCCCUGGAAUCAACUGAACAGAAUAGUGAAAUCCGGGUGAAAUUACAAUUGAGGAUUUUGACCCCUGAUGUUGGAGCUCCAUCGCCCCAAGGAAAGACCAAGGCUCAAUAUAUCAAACCACGGACCAAAGUCAAGAAGCACUGAGCGUUCAUUUUACAAUCAUUAGGUGACUGGCCAGUCUACCAACUCAUAGACACAAUCCACACAAUCUAUUUGAUGAAUUAGAGCCAACAGAAAUUCCAAAUAAAGAAUUUAUUCCUGAUUCAAAUGAUAUUGUUUACCCGUUAUUAAGAUCAAAGCUAACGCGCAGGUCUCCCUCCCACGGUUGGACAAAUCUCAAGUCCUUUAUAGGAGUUAAAUGGAACAUACAGGAUCUAGGAGGCACAUUAGCUCAUAAGUGGUUGGACGUGGAAAAGUUUCAUAGUGACUUAAUGCAGUGUUGUAUUUGAAGGAAUCUAAAUAUUUCCUCUUGGGGAAUGUUAUACUGGUCACGCAAUUGUUGCACUGAGAGUAAGGGUGUCCGUUUAGGAAGGGUAAAUAUUGUAGUCAGGUUGUUUUGUUCCCACCACUGGAAGGUCCCACCAGAAAUCCCCGGAGGAAAGUCUGGGUUAGACCAAAAAACAGCUGGUUUAGAUGAAGAAACAAACUUAUAAGGCCAAAUCUGUGCUGUAUCUUGAGAGAAUGUGACAAUAUUUGGGUGUGUCCUUAAUUGUAUAGCGAAUCGUUUAGACCAUAAUACAUUUUGAACAUGCCCACUGUCCAGGGAAUCCUGGCUUCGGCACCUCUGUGCCACGGUAUGAGUUGACUAAGUUGGGCUUCUAUAUGGUAAUAGUGAAGGUUUUAGGCUUCCCUUCUAUUGCUCCUGGAAGUAGUAGAAGAGUUAAAUCUGAUUCUUUUGUUAUCCCACAAAAAUGUAUUGAAAACUUUUAGUAAAUAUUCUAUGCCUUCUGGAGGAGUAACAACUUUCAUGGUGUGGAGAUGCGUACGGACAUCUAAGAUGUCUAUGAAGAAAGUAAACUCUGCUGAGGCUCUGAGAUGGAGGAUGAAGAAGGAGGAAUGGGAGGAUUUAAUACCAACACAGAACUUUUGAAAAGAAGGUAGCAUGCGGUAAGGUAACUCAUGAUCUGCCCACAAUCUGAGGAGGAGGAACUUAGAAGACUAGAUUUUAUCUCCUACAUGAAUAAUUCAUUCAACUACCCUGAUGUAGCUUCUCGUCACCCUUUGGCAUCAGUUUAAGCUGUGAGCCAUGCAAGUACUUUUGGGGCAGAGGAGAAGGAUGCGGACAUCAAAGAUGCCCAUGAAGCAAGAAAUUCCAAGUGGAAAGUCUGGGUUAGACAAACCCUGAGAGAAUGUGACAAUAUUGGGUGUGCCCUUAUUUAUAGAGGGAAGCGUUUAGAACAUAAGGGGGGAUGAAGCCCGUUUAGGGAUGAAAUGGAGUUAUGCAAGGCCCCCUUCCACGUAAGGUGCAGCCCUUUUAGCCUCCCCCACCCCAUUCCCAGCUAGCCCCCAGGUAAGAACAAUGGAAAGGGGGAAAAAAGUGUGCGGGUUGGGGGUGGAAACAGAGGAGGAGCGUUGAGCAGGGCAGGGGUUUUAAGAGGAUGUGGUUUGUGAAGAGUUCAUACGUAUUUGUUUUUUGUUUCCCAUUCUCCCUCUCUAGGUAAGACGGAUCCAGUCGAGAAAAAGGUGCUCCAGGGUUGUUACGACCGAUCGCCUGGAUGGGGUCAGGAAGGAAUUUUUCUCAUAGCACUUAAUUGGCUGAAAAGUGCUAGAGUUUUCGCCUUCUUUUGGAGUACCA